AUGGAUUACAAAAUUAAAAUUAAAACAACUUCGGAGAUUUUAGAUUUGUUUAAAAAAAUCAAAAAUUCAAAAGUUGAUAUACCUACUCAUAUCAGUGAAUGUUUUUCUGUGGAAUUGUUGGAUGUUGAAGCCUUUAAAUGGUUUAGUGAACAUCUGAAAAAAAUCAAUGGUCCACCUUUACACACAUUAAUCACUGGAGAUAGUAUAGUUUUACCAAGUCCACCAAUUGUUGAGCCAAGUCCAGAGUAUAAAGAAAAAAUAAGAAAGUUAGAGCAGCGUUUGAAGAACAAGGAAUACGAUAUUAUGACAAAAAAUGUAGAUUUCCGCAGAGUUAGGCUGCCUGAAGAUACAAUCUCUUAUCAAAGUAAAUACAUUUUGUAUUUUUAAUGAAUUAAAGAUAUUUGCCUUUCAUGCUUACUUUAACGUUUGCAACAUACUUGUACAACUGUUUUCACUGUCAGGGCUAGAGAUAGUGAGACCGCCAAUCUUAAAAAUUUAGACGGCUGAGUCCACUAUUCACGAUAAUUUAAUAUUGUAAAUUGGCAAAACUAAUAAUGUCUUUGUUUAUUUUAUUAUUGUCAAAUUAAUAAAUUAAUCUAUUAAAUGACAUAAUAAUGGGUACAACAGUUUUUGAAGGUAGCAAAUUUGGUAUUGAGAGUUAGAAAAUGUCCACUUCUCCAUUAAUUUUUCCAUGUUCAAUUUUGUUUAGUGUUAUAACUAGAGUGUAGAAUUAUACUCUAUUCCAAAUAAGUCUGGAAAAAGUUGCACAGGUAGGUGCGCUGUCAUUGGCAACAGUUAUCGACAUUUGUCGUGAUUGGUCGACAUCCAGAGCUCACCGCCGUGUGUAAAGACAAUUAUAAUAAUAAUGAUUUGAGCAUAAUAUUUAUAAUAUGCACGUGGAGUAGAACGUUGUACGCAGCUCGUAUGUACGCGGAGUGUUGUGAAAAUUUGAUCAGGUUGUAUACAACCAUACAUUUUUCCAGACUUAUUUGGAAUAGAGUAUACAAAAUAUGUCCACAAUUUAUAGUAUUGAAGCUGGGUUACAUAAAAACCUAUCUGGAUACAUAUUACUGGCAUCUCUAAAAUUAUUAUGGCAUUUAACAUUCCAUGUGUUACUCAUUAGAUUCAAUAAUGAAUCGGAUCAAAAAUCCAAUAUAUUUCUAUAUUCUUAGAAAGUUAUAUACACCUUUUACCUUUUGAUGCAUCCGAUGGACAACUUAUUAAUAUGGCUAGGAGUGAGGCAAUUGAAUGGAUAGGGUUUAUUAUUAAUAAUUAAUCUGGUGGCCCAUCUGAUUGAAAACUAGAUGAAGAACACACAGAUUGUUGCAUAAAAGUAUUGGUACAUUGUAUAUAGUUCCAGAUAAAUUAAACCACAUAUAUUUGAUAACUAUGACUCCUUUGCUCCUUCGUAGUGUCGAUAGCAUGAUAUGUACUUCCAUAAGAUUAUCAGCAUCACUUCAAGAUGAUGAUAAUGACAACAAAUCUAUAAUAUGCAAAGCGGUUUAAAAUAGUCAAAUUUAAAAACACACUCAGUAAAUUUUGUAAUUAAAGUUCCUAUUAGUAAUAGCUCACAGAUCUAUAAAUACUAUAGUGUUGUACUGUUGUAACAACAUCCAAUGUUCUUAGAUCAGAUUUAAUUUUUGGGAAUAUAUAUUUAGCAAUAGCUAUUUAACUAUUUGAUUAACACUUUUGGACAAGUUAAACAAAUUAAAUAAUAAUUUAAAUAAAUGUUUUUAAUUUCAAAAAUAAAAGUUUGUAAUGUAUUUCGAUAAGUAUUUGGUGACUCCAUACCUAUAGUAUAUUCAAAACAAAUUUAGUAUUUACACAUAAAUUAGUGAAUUUGCAUUAAAUGUUUGUAUUUAUGUUUUUAGUUAAGCAGAUCAAUAGACAGUUGAUAGCAGUUCUUCAAUUUGUGAUUUCAACUGCUGCUGGUUUUCUAUUUGGAUUUUUGGGUAUUGAGUUGAUGCUUAGCACCACCUUUGAUUUGGGCUUCAAGUUGUUAUUAGGAAUCAUAUGUGCUUUAAUUAUUGCCUUAGCUGAAAUUUACUUUUUGGCCAAAAAGUUAUCUGAAGACUUUGAACCAUUAGAAUUAGAGACAGCUGUCAAAAUCCAUCAAGAUUAA